UUCAGUGUUUACGUCAAAAUUGUUGUCAAAAGUGACAGGAACAUUGCCUGUAAUUGUAUUAUCCGGUAUCACUAUUUCGUGUGAACUAUUCUGUUAAAUUUCUGGGUUCAACUAUAUCAAACCUUCAAUCAACAUGUUUAAGAAGUUCGACGAGAAGGAGAGCAUAAGCGGCACGCAGCAGCUCAAGUCUUCGGUGCAGAAGGGUAUCAGGGCUCGCCUGCUGGAGCUGUACCCACACCUUGAGCAGUACAUCGAUCAGGUGCUGCCCAAGAAGGACACCUUCAGGAUUGUCAAAUGCCACGAUCACAUCGAGAUAAUGGUUAACAGCGCGGGAGAGCUGCUUUUCUUCAGACACCGCGAAGGAUCCUGGAUGCCGACAUUAAGACUGCUACAUAAAUACCCAUUCUUCCUACCAAUGCAGCAAGUCGACAAAGGCGCCAUCCGUUUCGUCCUCAGCGGCGCGAACAUCAUGUGCCCCGGCCUUACUUCGCCCGGCGCGCGAAUGUCGCCCGUCGACAAAGGACAAGUUGUCGCCGUGAUGGCUGAGGGGAAGCAGCACGCGUUGGCUAUCGGGAUGACCUCUCUCUCUACUGAUGACAUAGCUAAAGUGAACAAGGGAGUGGGCAUAGAGAACUGCCACUAUCUCAACGACGGCCUCUGGCAAAUGAAACCUGUGAAGUAAAUCAUCGCACAAAAUCAUCUUGUACUAAUAUCUAUGUUUUAAGUUUUUUAAUAAAUACUUCUUAGCUUACA